AUGGUGGAAGAUAUUACGGUGGAUAUGGGCAAGCCUCUUAACGCCAAAAAUCUGAAGAGUAUGGGGAUUAUUGACAAGGUCAGAAUCAAACCUACCUUAGACGCCUCCUGGGAAACUCUGAAGGAUCAGAGAAAGAUACCAAAUGGGUUGUAUCUUUUCUCUAAGAUUGAUCCACCAGAGCUACCAAAACAGUCACCCAAUUUUAUGAAGAGGAAGAGAGAGCACUCUGAGAAGAAGAAGAAGAAGAAGACUCUGAAGCUUGGAGAUUCUUCAGCAUCUCAGAAGAAACAUGUGCCUCUGAGCUCCUCCGCUCUAAACGUUGAGGAAAGACUAGAGGUGCGUCUGGCGCAGGAAGCUGAAGAACGGGCUAGGAAAGAAGUUGAAGAGAAGGCCAAAAUAGAAGCUGGAGAAAGAGUUAUUGCUGUUGCAGAAGCUGAAGCUAAAGCUAAAAUUGAUGCUGAAGAGGCUGCUCGCAUAGCUGCAGAAGAAGCUGCAAAGACUUUAGAGGUUGCUCUGACUCAAAGUGAGUCAUCAAUAUCUGAUCUAUUUCCUCUGGUUCUCAUGACUCUGCAAGAGCUUCAAAAGGAACAACAACUUGUGAGAUCCAAACUCGACCAGCAAGAUCAAGUUAACUCCAACAUCCAGAGACUGAUUUCCCAGCUACUUCAGAGGAUGCCUCCUCCUCCAAUCCCUUAG